AUGUCGUCAGAAGGCCUGCGAAUAGGCUUUGUGCCAGAACACUUUUCUACGCCCAUCCAUUUUGCUCAGAAAUACCAUGGUCUCCACGCCACGUUGGUCCCCUUCCCCUCCGGCACGGGACACAUGAUCUCUGCCAUUCGUGCAGGCGAGAUUGACAUCGGUAUCGGCCUGACAGAGGGAUGGAUUGCUGGACUUGGUAAAGAGGGGACUGAAGGUGAUGGGGGAUAUCGCCUUGUUGGCACAUACGUCGACACUCCGCUCUGCUGGGCCAUCUCCACAGGAGCCCAACGUCCUGAAAUCACAUCCGUAGCGUCCCUGAAGGGCAAGAAGAUCGGUGUGUCCCGCAUUGGCUCCGGAUCCUACGUCAUGGGCUUCGUCCUCGCCGACCAGCAAGGCUGGCUCGCCGGCAAGACUCCCUUCUCCGACACGGUUGUACUCGACAAUUUUGAGAAGCUCCGGAGUGCGGUCAACUCCGGUGAGGCCGACUUUUUCAUGUGGGAGCAUUUCACCUCCAAAAAGUACUACGACUCGGGCGAGAUUCGCCGCGUCGGUGAGAUUUACACUCCGUGGAGCAGCUGGAAGAUUGUUGCGUCGACCAGGUUGAUCAAGAGCGGUGAUGCCCGGGUAAAGUUGCUGCUUGAGAAGCUUGACCGAGGCAUCGAGCACUUUAACGAGCAUCCGGACGAGUCAGUCGAGUACAUUUCUACAGAACUGGGGUACACCGAGCCAGACGCAAGAGAGUGGCUCAAGACCGUCAAGUUUCCGGCCAAGACGGAGGGUGUGAAGGAGGAGGUUGUGAAGGAUUGUGUGGGUGUGUUGAGGAAGGCUGGUGUGUUGGUGGCAGGCAAGGGUCUGGAUGUCGAUGCCAUGGUUGUAAAGUUAUGA